AUGGCGACUACCUCGAUGGCGACAGCCUUCGCCUCGCCUUUCGCCGCAACCCCCUCGUCCGCAUCCCUUCGCCGGUCCACGCAGCAGAGGUUCCGUUCCAGUUUUAGCUCGUCUCGCCUCGCACCCAUCCUGCAACGACACGUGGACCUGCGCCACGUAGACCACGCCGGCGCGGCCCACGUCAGCAGACCGUCCGGCGGCGGCGCUCUCGUGUGCACGGCCAUGUCGAAGCGCCACCACCACCACCAUAAGACGCAGCAGGAGCGGGCGGAAGAGGAGGGGGAGGAAGAGAGGAAACAGUCAGACGAAGCGGGAGCGUCUGGUGGGGUGGUGGAGACGACAAGAGGGGGGACAGCUGUGGCGCAAAAGACGAGGCUCGUCAAUCUCACGGUGCACGGAGUGACGGAUGAGUCGGACCUCCCCUGGUUGGAAGAUCAGUUGUUACAGCUGCCAGGGGUCACGUCCGUCCAAACCCUGCCGCCCACCCUGCGCACGGGCGGGCUGAGGGGCGGGAAGGUGGGGGUGGUGGUGGAGGCGGAGAGGGGGGUGGCAGUGAGAGAUUUGGUUGCGGCAGUGCAUGGGGUGGAAGAACGGCUGUUGGCUCUCCCGUUUAGAUCACACUCGUGGAUGUGGAGGGGUCAUCGCAUUCACUAUGCUGUGGCAGGGUGUGGCAAACCCGUCAUCCUUGUGCAUGGCUUUGGAGGCAGUGCAGGGCACUUCCGCAACCUUAUAGCGCAUCUCGCAGACCACCAUAAGGUGUAUGCUGUGGACCUCUUGGGAUUCGGGGACUCUGACAAGCCGGGUGGCAUCGAGUAUGGACCCGAGCUGUGGGCUGACAUCAUCAACGACUUCAUGCUCGAGUUCACAGAUGAACCCGCCGUGCUCAUUGGCAACUCCAUUGGCUCCCUCACCUCCCUCACUGCUGCUGCCUCCUCUGCUGCGCCUCUCUCGCUCUCAGACGGGGAGGGGCAGAGCGAAGGCGAGGGGGAGGGGAGCAUUGUGCGGAGGGCAGAGAAGGGGAAGAUCAGGGGUCUGGUGCUGCUGAACGUGGCGGGAGCAAUGAACAGGAAGGGGCUGAUGCGGGACGAUGCGGUGCUGACAGCGCUGUCGCCCAUGUUUGUGGCCAUUGAGUAUCUGCUGCAGAAACCCAAAAUUGCCUCAUUUCUCUUUGAGCGGUUUCGCAACAAGGCCAAUGUGCGCAAGAUACUCAGUGAGCAGGUGUACCGAGAUGGCUCACAAGUCUGCGAUCGGCUGGUGGACAUUCUGUACGAGCCAUCCACCCAUGACGGUGCUCUAGACGUCUUUGUCAAGGUCUUCACCGGCGAUCCAGGUCGCCAUCCAGAGGAGCUGGUGGAGAUGGUGGAUGUGCCCAUGCUCGUGCUGUGGGGGGACAAGGACCCCUGGACGCCCAUCGAUGGCAAGGUGGCUCUGCUGUUUAAGCGAUUAGAGGAGCAAAGGGGAAAUGACAAGGUGGCAGUGGUACCGCUCCCAGAUGUUGGUCAUUGCCCGCAUGAUGACAGGCCUGAGAUUGCUGCCUCCCAUAUUUUGCCAUGGCUUGAGAAACUGGACGGUGAUAGUUCAGAGUAG